AUAUGACGUCACAAUAACAAUGGCGUCAAAUAUCACCAUUGGUAACAAUAUGGCGGAUGAGGAUGUGUGAGAAAAAUGUGAUUUUUUAGAUAAAAAACGUUUAAGAUUGAUCUUUAAAAACAGCAGAAUGGGGAAUAUAAUAAGCUUUCCCGUGGUGAAUCCCCCCAUAACGUUUGAGAUGGACACCGAUUUUGCUCCAACAGGGGAACGUAUUGUAGAGAAAAAAAGACGAACGAACAGAUUCGAAAGAAUCACGGAAGAUUUCUUUCAAUAUCUUUUAGAGGAAAGGGCGGAAAUCAUCAAAGCAAAGCAGAAGUUUCUAGACCUCAACACAAGUGCGAUCGUCAAGCGAUAUCCAAAUUGGAAUUAUGAAGAUAUUUUAGACAUGAGAGCGUCUUUCCAGAUUAUAGACAAACAGGGCGAUGGGAUAAUUGAUUUUAAUGAGAUGUGUUCUGUCCUUGACGAGCUGGGGGAUAAAACAACAACAGCGACAAGAAGGAAAUACUUCGACCAAGUAGACGUAGAUCGAUCAAAUGGAAUCGAUUUCGAGGAGUUUCUAGAGUUAAUCUGGGUUGUCUCCAAACCAAAAGAUCCCGAACUGGACAGUGACGAGGAGGCAGAAAAUGAAGAAGCCGGAAACCAGCUCGGCGAAUUGUGCCUGAAAGGUGGAGAGACCGCGCAGAGAGUAAGGAGACUCAGCGUUGUCCAACAAAUGCAACAAGGACUGUUCUAGAUUGAUUAACAUUGGCCUUAAUAUCUUGACAACAAGAGAUGUUAUUGUCCACAAAUUACGUUACAUAAUUCAGAAAUUAGAAGUACUACACUGUACAUAUUUAUGAUGAUAUUAUUAAUGUGAAUAAAUUGACACUAUUGUACGUAAUGUGAAACAUAUCUUUAUUCUUUGAUAGUAUCCAAAAUGAAAUAUGGCGUUACGGUGACCUCACUAAACUUUUGAGAAAGUGUACAUGUAAAAAAAAUACUCCGUUUUGAAUGAUACUGACUUGACAUGAUACUAGAUAGGAAUUCAUUAUUGAUUAAACAAACGUAAUGAAGAUUUGCAAUAUGUUCGUCCCGUACGAUUAUCAACCCCCGUUUGACACAGUUUCACCACUUCGAAAAUGUAAUCUAAGUUAUCCUAGUGCAUGUAUGUCAAAAUGGUCACGCCCUUUUCAAACUGGUUUAUGAACUCACAAAAUUUCACAAGUCUUUUUGGAUAAUUUGUACAGGACAUCAAACUAAAUGACAAAAAGUUGUAUAAGGUAUUACGUAAUGUCAAUAUUUUUUCAUCUUCGUCAUACAAUCAUACAUGUAUAUAUAUUAGUAUUAUAAACGUAUAAAAUAUAUAACAUUCCUUCAUAAAAUACAUAAUUUUUAAGAUCAGUUUAAUUAACCAUGUGUAUGUCACAAAUGCUCCUCCUUAAUAGGCAAUUGCAUUGGCCCACUGAAUAGCGUGUCAAAACUGGUAAAGCCGAGGAAAUAAAUUUUAUUCUUCAGUUAUGAGAGCCUUGCAUCAAUAAACAACUCG